AUGUCCCGUGACAGCAACCUUCUAGAAGCCCUGGAAGCUCUCCGCUCGAUGCCCUUAUCAGCGUAUGAAUUAGGUCCGGGCAUUGCACAGCUCCUUUUGCACAUCCCUGAGCUCAUAUGGAGGCACCUAGAUCACCCUGUUAACUUCCGCAACCUCGUUUCCGGGAACCUACGCUUCCCAGCUUUCGUCGGUGCCGUUGACGAGCUCAUCAAGAGAUUGAGGAAUUUGACCGGCACGCACAAUGCAUUGCCUAACUGGCAAAUCAGCGACCGUGAGGAACGGCGUAGACAGCUCCGGUAUGUGAGAGGUGCAAGUGCAACGAUCGAGGCGGCAUACAAGUAUUGCAUGAUUGAAGUGUUUGAGGAUAGAUUCCUGGGCUGGAGUGAGAAAGAGACGCAGUGA